AUGGCGAAGAAAACGGUCUUGAUUUCGGGCGGCAGCCGCGGACUUGGAUUUGCUAUGGCUAAGCUUCUGAUCAAUGGUUCUGAAAAGAUUGCGCCCAGCAACGUUGUUACGCUCUCGCGCUCGUUCACCGACGAACUUCGCGAGCUCGCUGAAACUCCAGAGGGUAAGUCCUCGCUCGCAGUGAUGCAGGGCGAUGUGACGAGCUUAGAGGACAACAAGCGCGCCGUCCAAAAGGCAGUUUCCGAAUUUGGACAGCUCAAUGCGCUUAUCUUAAACGCGGGAAUCCUUUGUGCAGACAAAUUGGCAGAUCUGGAACACGAACGAUUUAUGCACGCCAUCAAUGUGAAUACUGCGUCUUUGAUUGUCACAUUACAGGCAUCUUUGCCGGAGCUGCGAAAGCAGCACGGAAACGUCGUGUUCGUAAGCAGUGGCUCAGCUGUCUCGGGGUCCAGUUCCUGGGGCGCGUACAGCGCAUCAAAGGCUGCAAUGAACUCGAUUGCACGCACGUUGGCAACGGAGGAGACGGAGGUGGCGUCUUUCCCAGUUCGACCUGGUGUUGUCGAUACCAAUAUGCAGAGCGAAAUUCGCAGUGCGGAGCACAUUGCGCCCGAAAUGCGUGCCAAGUUUGUGGAAAUGCACAAAAACGGUAAGCUUCUUCCUCCUGAAAAGCCUGCACAUGUGCUGGCAGCGCUGGCACUUGGCGGCACCAGGAACGAGCCGAAGAAUGCACAAGGUGUUGAGAUCGGCGCGACCGGCACAUUCUGUUCGUGGGACGAUGAGGCGCUGGCACAAUACCAGCUUUAA